AUGGAGCUAGCUGCUCAUGAUGUCUCUGAUCUACCUGGGAGUAAAUCACAGCACCAGACGCCGACUCCUGUUCAUAACCUCCAACACAAGAAGGAAUCGUCACACAGGCAGAGUGAAGUUGAGUGUUACAGAUGUGGUGGAGAUCAUUACGCUACUAAAUGCAAGUUUAUUGAGGCAGAUUGUAGGCUGUGUGGAAAGAAGGGACACCUAGCCAGGGUAUGUCGCAGUCGAAAAGAGAAGCCACAGCAGCAGAGGAAUCAUCCUAAAGCCAAGACUGGGUACCCACCACAACCUCAGCAGAAUAACAGACAACACCCAACUCACAACCUGGACCACAAGUCACAUCCUCUUCUCAUGGGAGACUCUGACCAAGAGGACUACCCAUUGUUUACUUUGCCUUCUGCUGGAAACCUAUUGUUGUUUCA